ACAAGUUUUUUUAUGAGUGAUAUCUUUUCCAUUAACACAUAAACAAAAUCUCAGUAUCACUUUAACGACCUUUGUAGCAACAGUUCAUGUAAUCACAAUUAAAUUAAACUCCAAAAGAUUUUAUUAUAUUAAUAAUUAAAUAAUAUUGAAAAUAUGUCAAAAGUGAUCAGAAAAAUUAUUUGUACAGCCGCUGCACCGAAACCAGUUGGACCAUAUAAUCAAGCUGUAAUCUUAGAUAAAACAGUUUAUGUAUCAGGAGUUCUUGGGAUGAAUAAAGAUACUAUGAAAUUAGUUGAAGGAGGAGCAGGUCCGGAAGCUCGUCAAGCUCUAAAAUCACUUGGUUUUAUAUUAGAAGCUGCUGGAUCAUCGCUAAAUAAAGUUGCAAAAACUCAUAUAUUCCUCAACAACAUAAAUGAUUUUGCGGCCGUUAAUGAAGUGUACAAAGAAUUUUUCAAAAGUGAUUUUCCAGCCAGAUCUACGUUUCAAGUUGGUAAAUUACCCGCUGGGGCAAGUGUUGAGAUAGAGGUUGUUGCUGGUGUUGGAGAUGUUGUUACAGUCCCUGCUGCUUAAAUAAUUUCAUUUUUAUUUCAGCUCAUAAAGGACAUAACAAUUAAAUUUUAUUUAGUAGUAAAAAAAUUUGUAA